AUGUUCUUUCUACUGAUUUCUCGUUUUUUAGCUCUUUCAUUCAAUCAACCAAAGUUUUCUCCAACACCCAUUUGGAAUGCCAAUGGAAUCACUUUCGCUGAUCAAUCAAUUGUUGGUGAAUAUCCCACCGCCAUUUUUGUGAACACAAACAACGCAAUAUAUGUUGUUAAUGGAGAGGACAACACGAUUCUAAUAUGGCAUGAAGAAAGUGUCAAUCCAACAAAGAUCAUUCACGGUAGUUUUACAAAAUCCGCUUCUAUCUUCGUGACAUCAAAUGGUGAUAUUUACAUUGAUGAUGGUAGUAAGAAUGGUCAAGUACAGAGAUGGCGUGCAGAAACAGGUGCCUUUGCCACGGUGAUGAAUGUCAGUUCACGAUGUGAAGGUUUGUUUGUCGAUAUCUAUGAUACUCUUUACUGUUCAAUGGUUGAUCAUCAUCAAGUAGUGAAAAGAUCAUUAAAUGAUUCUGAGAUGGCUUCAAAUCGAGUUGCUGCUGGGACAGGUAUUGACGGAUCAGACUCAGAUGAACUUGAUGGUCCUGGUGGAAUCUUUGUCGAUGUAAACUUGGAUUCAUAUGUGGCAGAUUGUAUAAAUAAUCGUGUUCAGUUGUUUCAGUUAGGAGAAUCAGACGGUAUUACAGUAGCUGGAAGAACAUCGAUAAAUGCAACAGUUACACUUCGUUGUCCAACUGUAAUUAUAUUAGAUGCUGAAAAAUAUUUAUUCAUUGUUGAUUAUAGCAAUCAUCGGAUUGUUGGUUCAGGCGUGAAUGGUUUUCGAUGUUUAGUUGGAUGUUAUGGAAUGGGUUCAAAAUCCAAUCAAUUGAAUACUCCAUUUAGUUUUAGUUUUGAUCGUCCUGGAAACAUGUUUGUUACUGAUCGACGGAAUGAUCGAAUUCAAAAAUUUUCAUUGAUAAAUGAUUCUUUUGGUAAGUUGAGGAAAAGUUGAAUGAAAUGAAUAGAUGUAAUUAGAUAAAUGAUAGAAGUAAAUGAAGACAUUGCAAUAGGAAAAACGAAAGAAAAGAAAAAUGGUUGAGAAAGAUUUUGUUUGAAAAUGAAAGACUAAUUAGGUUAAUUUGUAAAAGAAUGAGUAUAAGGAAAUGAAGUGCUCCGAUCAGACAGAGCCAUGUGUCAAUCCUGUAUGAUAAAUAAUCUUCAUCUUUUUGUUGUGAUUAAAGAACAGAGAAAGAAAAAGUUUUGCUCCCGAUGAAAUGUUAUGAAAAUCUUUGAUGCUUCAUUUCAUUUAUAUCAAAGAACAUUUCAUUAAUAAAGCAAUGUUCCUCGAUAUAAUUUUAAUAUAAAAUAUUGUAUAAUUUGACUUCAUAUUUCAUUCGGUAUGUUCGAUUCAAGAAAACAUAAGAUAGGUGAAAUAUCACAACUCCAACGACUAAGUUUUUUUUUUGAGAAAAAUAAAUUUCCAUAUCAGGUAUUAUAAAAUGAAUCUUCUCAUAUGAAAAUGAGUGAUUGAAGAGUUAUUCUUUCGACAGUGAUCAUAAUAUUUAGUUGUCGAGAGAAGUAAUGGAUAGUCGAAGGCAAUCUGUAAGUCUGAUAUAUGUAAUUGUCAAUGAAAGAGAUGUAUAUUAAUAUUUUUAUAUUUCUGCAAAAUACUAUUGAAAAUACCAAAAAAAUUGUUUUAUUUAAGUUGAACACAGACGAAAUAUUGAGAUCUAUGAUGAACCUUUGAAGUUGCUUGACAUAGAAUAUGUUUGAGUGAGAUUCUGUAGAAAGAAUGCCUGUAGAGAGAAAAGAACAACUGUCGAGGAUCAUAAAAAAUCUAAUUUUUUGUCUCAUUUUUAAUUUAGUACCACUAUGACGUAUGAUGCCACUAUCUUUUUUAAUAUUUUAAUGAAAUUUACUAACGAGGGAAGGUCCCCAAGUGUGAAUCGCCGUUUUGAAUCGGAG